AUGAGCGUUUUCAAAGUAUGGGUGCGAUGGCGACCCCUCAACUCGACUGAGGUCGAAACAGGGGAAAUACAGCGGGAAUACGGCCAGCAUCCCAACAACCAACAAUCUUGUAUCUCCGUCACCUCGCCUUUGCAAGCUAAAGCACUUUCUACUCGGGAAAAAUCGUGGAAGAGCGGAUUCUCAUUUGACGGCAUCAUCGAAUGUGACGACAACAACCACUUGGUAUUCGAUCGCGUCGUUGCGCCGAUCAUCCCAGAAGUUCUGCAGGGUAGGUCCUGCAACUUUUUUGCAUAUGGCCACUCAGGCAGCGGCAAAUCUCAUACCAUGAUUGGCUAUGAUUUCGAGCAUGCCGAGGAGUUCGGGCUUUGUCUAGCCGCUGCACGCCAACUGAACGAUGCGUUGAAAGCUAUCAAUUCAGAGGAUAGCAGCCACCAAUUCGGCAUUGGACUGCGUGUGUAUGAGCUACGGAAGAAUGUCGCUUUCGAUCUCCUCAACAAGCGGAAUGAGUGCUUUGUUCGCGAGGGGUCUGAUGGACGGGUUUAUAUCCGUGGCGAAACCGAAAUGUUGGACAACGGAAAAGUGAGAGUCCGGCCAAUUGUUACGAAGGCAUGUUGGAGCAUUGAAGAACUGCAGAUGGAGCUACAGGAAGGUCUAAAGCACCACAGGACUGCGACAUCGACAGUGCACGAUCAAAGUUCACGAACGCAUGCCGUUAUCCAACUGGAAAUCAUCACCAAGGAUCUCCUCAACGCGCGUGAUCAGGUGGUUGAGCGGCAGUCAGAGUUGGUCCCUGUGGGGAAACAUGCGACAGAUGUUUAUAUCGAGGAGCAAUAUCGCGCGAUGGUCCAAACCGAAGACGGGAAGUUCGUUCCAAAUCCUGACUACCAACUGGAUCAACCACGCAUUGAUGCCGCGGAGGCAAAAAAGGCCGAGUUUGAAGCUCGUGUGAAAGAAGCAGAAAAGCACGAAUGUGAUAUAUUUGCAACUACCGCUCAAGCACAUCCCUGUAUCGGUGGAAAGCUGGUUUUUGUGGACCUCGCCGGCGCUGAAUUUCUCUCCAGUACUUCUGGGUCUGCGCUAAAACAAACACCCCAGGAGAAACAGGAAGGAAAGCAAAUCAACACCGAUCUUCUCGCGUUGAAAGAAGUGAUCCGGGCCCGGUCGAGCAAGAAAUCACGCAUCCCAUACCGCUCCUCGCCGUUGACUAUGGUGCUGCGGGAGCAUUUUGAGGCGUCAACAGAUACCCGUUCAGCCAUGAUUUUGACUGUCUCACCGGAUGCAAAUCAGUACAUUGCAACGACGAACACAUUAAAAUACGGAGACCUGGUUGGCUUAGCGAAUGGACACAAGAGGUAG